GUCCCUGUAUGUUUUUAAACAUGAACAGCACACAACUAUACACAUUGGAAGAUUGGAAUUACGAAAAGUCCAAGGUUUUAACAGUUAACACGGUGAUUCUGGGAUUCUAUCUCCUGAUUGGUGUAGUAGGGAACUCUAUUGUGAUUUAUGUGUACAACUUCCGAAUGAAGGGACCGAGAGACGACAGAUAUUUUAUACCCCAUCUAGCUGUGAUGGAUCUGUGUGCAUGUAUUGUAGGUGUAGGAUAUGCCAUGGCUUUAAAUAUCAUUCCAUUGAGAUUUCAAGGAGAUGAACUAUGUAAAAUUUUGUGGUUUGCAUCACAAGCUACUACAAUGUGUGCAGCUUUUAUGUUGCUUGUCAUUGCAAUACAGCGUUAUUUGAAGGUCGUGAGACCAUUCAAGAAACAGAUGACGAUAAAGACCAAGCAUUUCGCCUUGGUAGCUAUUAUUCUCCUCUCCAUUGUCUUGUCUUUACCGUGCUUUAUGUUCUAUGGAGAAAUUACCAUAAUAAAUUCUCAGUUAAAUUUGAAAGGAUCUCGGUGUGGUGCAAGCCCAAAUUCUGAUAGAACUGCCCUGUUUUUGUAUAACACAAUUCUGUUUGUGAUUGUUGUCGGUGGACUUAUUACAAUAAGUGUUCUCUACAUUAUGAUUGGACGUACAAUCUACAGGCAACACAAGUACAGACGAAGAAUUAGUUCCGCAACAUCUGCUGUUAAACGCAGCAACCGAGAUUCAAUGGAAUGGAAUCCGCCCUCAGAGAGCGGAGGAGGAGUCCCGCCUAGAAAUAAACCGCAAAGGGAUAGCCUCGAUUUCGAUUCUCCCUUUCUUGAUUCUCUCACCGAGGCACCUCCAUCGCCAGUUACCCCGGUAAAUGAGGAAUCCAGUCCUCUCCAAAAUUCUACAUUUCUCAGUGUUCCAAUGACUACUACAGAAAAGAUCCGCAGUAGUUUUACAGAAAUACAGAAAAAGGCUUUCAAUUCGGCUAUUCCUACUGUGCGGAAACACUUCGGAACUCAUCGGUGUUCCUGGAUGUUCAUGUUGAUAGCCGUGGUUUUUGUAUUAUCUUUUAUUCCACGGAUAACAUUAAAUGUUUUGGAAUCUGUGGAUCAUCAUUUUUGGCAUAAACUGACUGACCGGGAAAUAGCUUUUUACCUGUUCCUGUAUCGCUUUUAUCUUGUAAACAAUAUAAGUAAUCCUUUCUUUUAUGGACUCUUUGAUCGGGCACUUCGUAAAGAACUUCGAAAAAUAUGUUGUUGUAGGUAUGGAAAAUAAGUAGUUCAAGAAAUUGCUUAAGUUUUCAUUAUGCUUCCUCUGUGUCACUGAACAGAAACCCUGCCUUUGAUUAUUGUAUUGUUUAUA